AUGUGCCGUAAUGAAACCCCACGAGACCAGCAGCAGGAGUUACAAAUUGUACCAAAUGCCGGCAACUACACAGAGGUGGUGGAUCAGUUAUUUCCUCUCUUCCCUGAUAAAAAGCACUACUCAGACACCGGUCCAGAUCGCUGCAGAACCUGUGCUGUGGUGGGAAACUCUGGGAACCUGCUGGGGUCCAAUUAUGGUCCUCUCAUAGAUUUCCAUGACUUUGUCAUGAGAGUGGAUAUUAUACUUAAUUCUGAUGCUAAAUUAAUUAAUAUUGUCAUACAGGAGUUACAAAUUGUACCAAAUGCCGGCAACUACACAGAGGUGGUGGAUCAGUUGUUUCCUCUCUUCCCUGAUAAAAAGCACUACUCAGACGCCGGUCCAGAUCGCUGCAGAACCUGUGCUGUGGUGGGAAACUCUGGGAACCUGCUGGGGUCCAAUUAUGGUCCUCUCAUAGAUUUCCAUGACUUUGUCAUGAGGAUAAAUAAAGGCCCGACAGAAGGUUAUGAGAAGGAUGUGGGGUCAAAGACGACUCACCGGAUUGUGUAUCCUGAGAGCGCCAUGGACUUGGACAACUCCACCCAUCUGGUGCUUCUUCCCGUUAAGAUUCUGGACAUUCAGUGGUUCAUCAGUGCCUUCACCACUAAAAACAUCACACAGUAA